UAAGAAAACCAUGCUCUGAUGACAUGGGUGACAGGGGUGGAACUGAACCAGCAACAAGGAAGAGGGAGGAAGAUCACAACAAACAAGUACAGGCAAAGCAAGGGCUCACUGCAUAGGAUCAUGGGCAGAAAGAGAAAGCUGACAGAUUGCCUGGCAGUAGUAAAACAUGCUGAAGAGAGCAGGAAGAGAGCUGAAAGAAGAGGAAAGACCCCGGUAAAGGGGGAGGCAGAGCAGACACAGCCUGGGGGUGGCAAAGCCAAGAGUAAGUCUCUGCGGAGUGAAGAGCAGGACUCAGGAGAUCCAACCGCCAGGGGAUCCUCACACAUCGAUGCUGUAGAUGCUCCUCUCCCGAAACUAACCCCACUGGAAAAGCUUGUCCGGUUUGAUCUGGAUUGGAAUUUUGGACCUUGUACAGGUAUCUCAAGAAUGGAGCGCUGGCAGAGAGCACAAAGUUUGGACCUAACGCCGCCACAGGACAUAAAACAGAUCCUCUUGGCGCACAGUUCAGAUCCUCAGUACCAGCACAAGUAAGUCUUUGGCAGAUGAUAAUGAAUUAAUAAA